AUGGUUCUCGGAGGGUUAUCGAUACUCACAUUCGGUGCUGACAGCUUGAAUAGAGAUACCUUCUUCACCACGCAAUGGCGUGCGAUGGUGUGGUCAUGCGAGAGAUCGCUUGAACCAGACGACCUUGAGCAGACCAAAAAACGCACUACUUGGAUGGAAGUCCAAGGUCAUAUAACCCAGAUGACAGAGCAGCAUACCACCACUUCCGAAGCGCACGAAAUUGCACUUGUCAUACCAACGUUGCACCACGUGCAAAUGUUAACAGUCUUUUUUGAAAGCGAGAUGGGUCCACCGCUGAAAGCCGAAUUGUUAUGGGGCGUACUCGGCCUCCUGUUGAGCCUCACUCUCGAAGACUCCAAAGCUCUCAAUCAAAUACCACGGAUGAUCAAGUCAAUCGGCUAUAAGGCCGAAGCAUUCCAUGAGCGUUCCAACACGCUACAGACGGUGCCCGAUCAUAUGAAAGAAGCCUGUUUCGAAAUGCAUGUGCAGCUAAUCAAAUUCUUCACAAGUGCUGUCAAAUGCAUCCGUGGAGAACAAAUUGGCUCACGCUAUGAAUCUGCAGAUCCCAGGAACGAGAUAAACAAUGACGAUCAGUGGAUAAAUCUCGAUAAGCAAUACUCCAGCCUCAACCAAGAGCUCCUUGAGAUUCUGACCCGCGUCGAGAAAGUGGCCGCAAUUCGCUCGUCAACGCAAGCUGUGGGUCGCCUUUCUCUCGAUGAGGAUCAGCCGGCACCACGACGUACACAGUAUGUAGUACUACCGCCAUCUCGGCCACGCCGCUUCUUUGACCGAGUAGAUGUCUUCGCCAAGAUGGACCAGGUGCUGGGCGACGCUUCUUCCAGCUCAUCCUCGACAUUCCAAUCUAGAAUAGGCUCCAAAUGGCUGAUAAUCUAUGAUAAUGUUGAAUCCUCCGAGACUCUGUUGCCAUUCUGGCCAGAGACCAGCCACGGCAAAGCUGUGAUCACGACUCGAAAUUCUUCUCUUGCUUAUGCAUUUGUGACUUCUGGCAUAGAAGUGAAAACGUGGGACGCCCAGACUGGAUCGGAGUUUCUCUUAUUCCUCCUCAAGCGCGACAUUGGCAAAGAUCUUCAGACCGAAGGCUUGUCUGCUUUCGAGCUUUCGCAAAAACUAAGCGGUCACGCUCUUGGCCUUUCACAAAUGGCUGGCUUAAUUCAUCGCAGAUCUUCAUCGAUUUCCGAGUUCUUAAACAUGUAUCUCAAGAAUCCGAAACGCGCACAUACUAGCGAGUUGCAGGCGCUCUGGGAUCUCUCAUUCAAGAGCUUAGAUAACGACAGUGCCACGCUACUUGGCACACUCUGCUUCUUGACACCAGACGCUAUACCACAAUCCCUGUUCGAACUCGGGGACGGCAGUGAUCUGCCAGAGGAGUUGGAAUUCAUCACCGACGAAUUUGCAUUCAUUGAAGCCGUGGAACCACUUCUUGAGAUCGCUUUGGUCGCCCGGGACCGUGAUACACGCACCUUUUCCAUCCACAGGCUUGUGCAACGCCAAUUCCGCUAUCAUUUAACGCCUGAAGCGCGGCAAAAAGCAUUUCAGAACGCUGUUGCUUUGGUCUACAGUGCUUUCCCAAAGGAGGACGAUAAGAUAGGACAACUAUUCGCUCAAUGGCCGCAGUGCAAUCUCUGCUUGCCUCAUAUAGUCGCGCUAUCAGAGCGAUUUCAAGAAGAACGUCGGGCAAGCAAGAACUUCCGAGCUGAUGCCACUUUCUGCAAACUCCUGUACCUCUGUGAAACCUAUGACCUCCAGCUCUUGAGAUCGCUUUGCAAGGUGAAUGAGCUUGCCGUUGAAUCUCUUGAGGCGAGUAACGAAACCUCUGAUUUCCGAGCAUCAAUCCUUUCCUAUCAGGCGAACAUGUGCGAAAACAUUGGAGAUCCCAAGCAGUCAAUCAGUCUCAACAAGCAGGCGUACGAGAUACGCCUGCAAGAAGUUCCCAAACGCGAAGGCCUGAUAAGCGGGUUUGAGAAUAACCUGGGCCUUGCAUACGGCAGUGCCAAUGAUCACGUUACUGCUAAGACAUGGUUCGAGAAAUCACGCGAACGCGACAUUGCGUUCGCCAAAGAACGGAACGAGCCACUAACAUGGGACACUAAUACGAAAGUCAACCUGUCAAGAUGUCUUAUUUACCUCAACGAACCCUUGGAGGCCCAGGCCUUGCUUGACGAGGCUGUUACAGCACUCAAACGCACAGAGCCGCGCGAAUGGGCAGUUUUGGCUUACGCAUUCUUCACACAAGGCGUUCUUCAUCGAAGUCAAAAAAACUUCGAAGCUGCUGAAGCGAGCUCUAUCGAGGCUCAGAAUACGUGGUUCGAAGGCGACGAGACUAGAUCUCAUCGCUUUAACGGAGCUUGCAUUUAUAAAAUUGGUGUCGUUUGUCUCGAUCAAGGUAAGGUGGAGGCAGCGAUUAAGCACCUACGUGAGUCCUUGGACGUCACCAAGUUCAACAAAGAUCUCAUGCCUGUCGAACACGCCAGGAGCCUGUUCAAGCUUUCAGAAGCUUUGACACAAGACAACCAUGACGGAGGGGCUGAGGCCGAGCGUUUGCGUAACGAGGCGGAAGUCUUUCUGCGGAAGAUGGAUCCCGGUGCUUCGGCAUUCGACACGGAAUAUGCUUACGAUAGGCAUGUUCCGCUGUACUGGCGUUGA